GACCGCGCCGCCCGCGGGAACUCCGCGCGCUUCCGCGGAUGCCCCUCGCGCUGGCCGCGCGACCCCGUGCCCUGCGUCCUGGGCCCUGCCGGGCGCGCCCGCCCCCCGCCGUCCUUCCAGAGCCGGGCUCCUCUGCCCCCGUCGCCUCCUCUCUCCUCUCCACCCUCUUCUGGGCGCAGCCAAGGGGCACACCUGGUCCUCCUCCUCCUCCCUGGGUGCUCUGCAGAGAGAGGGGGCCCGGAGGGGGGCAUGUGAGUCCCCUCCUGACAGAGGCCAGGCUCGGGGUGACGCGCGCCCAAAUGGCCAAGUGGCUACGGGACUACCUGAGCCUUGGCGGCCGGAGGCCCCCUCCGCAGCCGCCCACCCCCGACUACACCGAGAGCGACAUCCUGCGGGCCUACCGGGAGCAGAAGGAUCUGGACUUCGAGGACCCCUACGAGGACGCGGACAGCCGCCCGGAGCCGGACCCCGCCGGCCGCUCGGACUCCAGGGGCCCCGGAGACGCCAAGUAUGACUCUCCCAAGCACCGGCUCAUCAAGGUGGAGGCGGCGGACAUGGCCAGGGCGAAGGUCUUGCUGGGCAGCGCCGGGGAAGAGUCAGAAGUGGACACUGAAUACUCAGAGCCCUUUGAUGCCCAGCCUCACCCACCACCCCCAGAUGAUGGCUACAUGGAGCCCUACGAUGCCCAGCGGGUCAUGAGUGAAUUUCCCUGCAAAGGGGUGCAGCUGUAUGACACUCCCUAUGAGGAGCAGGACUCCGAACUGGGAGAAGGCCCCGCUUCCGGGAGGCGGCCUCGCCAGAGCCGGAUGCCCCAGGACGAUGAGCGGCCAGCAGACGAGUACGACCAGCCCUGGGAGUGGAAGAAAGACCACAUCUCCAAGGCAUUUGCAGUGCAGUUUGACAGUCCAGAGUGGGAAAGGACCCCGGGCUCAGGCAAGGAGCUCCGGAGACCCCUGCCCAGAAGUCCCCAGUCCGCAGAGCGCGUGGACCCAGCCCUGCCCGUGGAGAAACAGCCGUGGUUCCACGGCCCGCUGAGCCGGGCGGACGCCGAGAACCUCCUGUCGCUCUGCAAAGAAGGCAGCUACCUUGUGCGGCUCAGCGAGACCAGCCCGCAGGACUGUUCCCUGUCCCUCAGGAGCAGCCAGGGCUUCCUGCACCUGAAGUUCGCCCGGACCCGAGACAAUCAGUACGUGCUGGGGCAGCACAGCGGUCCCUUCGCCAGCGUGCCUGAGCUUGUCCUGCAUUACAGCUCCCGCCCUCUGCCCGUGCAGGGCGCCGAGCACCUGGCCCUGCUGUACCCGGUGGCCACGCAGAGCCCCUGACCACCUCUGGUCUCUGUGCUGCCGGCUGCAAACCGCCGGGCAUCCUUCCGGGCCCGGAGGCCUGAGGGGGAGACCCCCUCCCCGUCCAGGCUCCGGGUCUUCACCAGAGCCACCUUCUCGGCCCCCUUCUGGGUUUCAGGGCCUAGAAUUGCACCUUGAAGCCCUCCGCUGGCCUGGAAAAUAAAUGUUAUUGUGCGUU